UAUUUUCAGGGAUCUUACUAACCAUCGCUCAUCAGCCGCUAGGGUUUUUCAAGCGUUCAGCUAGGGUUUCAGGCAUUUGUCGAGGAGCUCCGAUUCAAGAUGUCUAGGGUUUAUGUUGGAAAUCUAGAUCCGCGAGUUACUGAACGAGAGCUUGAGGACGAAUUUCGCGCGUUUGGAGUUAUCAGAAGUGUGUGGGUUGCUAGAAGACCCCCUGGUUAUGCUUUCAUUGAUUUUGAUGACCGAAGGGAUGCCCAAGAUGCCAUCAGAGACAUUGAUGGUAAAAAUGGCUGGAGAGUUGAGCUUUCACACAACUCUAGAGGUGGAAGUGGUGGUGGUGGCGGUGGCCGCGGUGGUGGUGGUGGUGGUCGUGGCGGACGUUCAGGUUCGGAUCUGAAAUGCUAUGAGUGUGGUGAGGCUGGCCAUUUUGCUCGUGAGUGCAGGAACAGGGGUGGCUCUGGUAGGCGUAGGAGUCGUAGCCCUCCUAGAUCAUAUCGCAGGAGCCCAAGUUAUGGCCGAAGGAGUUACAGUCCUCGUGGUGGUCGUUCUCCUCCUCCUCGACGCCGCAGCUUGUCCCCAAAGGGUCGCAGGUACAGCAAGUCAACUUUCCGUGGAAGAGAUGAAGUGCCAUAUGCCAAUGGAAAUGGAAUCAGGGAUAGAGUCGAUAGACGCAGGAGCAGGAGCUGAGCUGCGCUUGGAUCAAAUUAGUUGUACUCUUGAAUCUAUGCAGAACCUUUUCAAAUUAUGUUUACUCUGCUUGACUUAAUUACGACUGUGUAUGGGGGCCCUACGCCCUCGGCUCCAACUCGUGGAUUUGGUUGAGUGUCAUUACUAUUUCAGUAGUAAGUUUAUCAUUUUAUCCUUCUGAAUUUGCUUAUGAACCAUUCUGCUAAAAAAUAUGUAUAUGGGUUGAUGAUAUCUUCUAUUAGACAAGUUAUUAAGAAGAGUGCUAAAAGUUUAUGAUUUUGU